CCCGCCCCGGCCGUUGGCCCUGGAGAGGACGGACCGCGCCACGCGGGGCAGGAGCGGACGGCCACCGCCUCGGGGCCCCAGUCUCUCCGUGGACCCCGAGCCUCUCUGGGGUCCUGAACCCCUGCCGGGACCCCUAGUGUCUUUCCCGGCCCCAGCGGCCAUGGCGGGCGUGCGUGCUGCGCCCCUGCUCGGCGGCCUCCUGCUGCUCCUAGCGCUGUGCCCCGGGGGGCGCCCGCAGACCGUGCUCACCGACGAUGAGAUCGAGGAGUUCCUCGAGGGCUUCCUGUCGGAGCUGCAGCCCGAGCGCCGCGAGGACUACGACGUGGAGGCCCCAGCGCCCCCCCAGGGCGCACGCCCUGCCCAGGAGGGAGGCCAGGCGGGGGCGGCCGAGGGAGCACCACUGGAAAAGGCCAAAGACAAAGGAAAGAAAGGGAAGAAGGACAAGGGCCCCAAGGCCACCAAGCAGCCCCCUCCAGAGGAGACCCCCAGGCCACCUAAGAAGGGGAAAGAGAAGCCACCCAAGGCCACUAAGAAACCCAAGGAGAAGCCACCCAAGGCCACCAAGAAGCCCAAGGAAAAGCCACCUAAGGCCACAAAGAAGCCCAAGGAGAAGCCACCCAAGGCCACCAAGAAGCCCAAAGAGAAACCACCCAAGGCCACUAAGAAGCCCCCCGCAGGGAGGAAGUUCUCCACUUCUGCGCCCUUAGAAACUGAGGAGUGGCCGCUGCCCUCGCCCCCAAUUCCUGGCCCUGAGAUGCCAGUCCCGGAGGGAGGGGGUGCCUUUCCAAAUGCCUGGCAGGGCCCAGAAAAGGUCCAUGUGGCACCCCGGAAACACCAGCCUGAACUGGAGGAGGAGACUGAGAUGCCUACGCUGGACUACAAUGACCAGAUAGAGAGAGAGGACUAUGAGGACUUCGAGUAUAUCCGGCGCCAGAAGCAGCCCAAGCCACCGCCCAGCAGGAGGAGGUUCUGGCCAGAGCGCCCUGUGGAGAAGGCUGAGGAGCCGGAAGAGACGCCAGAGGAGAGGCCGGAGAGGCCGGAGGAGAGGCCAGAGGAGAGGAAGGAAGAGAUUGAGCCACCUCAGAAGCCGCUGCUGCCUGACUAUGAUGAUGGCUUUGUGAUCCCCAACUAUGAUGACAUAGACGACUACUUCCCGCUGCCUCCACCGCCCAAGCCUGAUGCUUGGCCAGAGACGGAUGAAGAGAAGGAGGAGCUGAAGAAACCCAAGAAGGAGGGCAGCAGCCCCAAGGAGGAGACGGAGGAUAAAGGAGCUGUGGAGAAGGGCAAGGACCAUAAAGGGCCCCAGAAGGGCGAGGAGUUGGAGGAGGAAUGGGCUCCAAUGGAGAAGAUCAAGUGCCCGCCCAUCGGGAUGGAGUCACACCGCAUCGAGGACAACCAGAUCCGAGCCUCUUCCAUGCUUCGCCAUGGGCUGGGGGCCCAGCGUGGCCGGCUCAACAUGCAGGCUGGCCCCAACGAGGACGACUACUAUGAUGGUGCGUGGUGUGCGGAGGACGACCCGCACACCCAGUGGAUCGAGGUGGACACCAGAAGGACCACUCGGUUCACAGGCGUCAUCACCCAGGGCCGGGACUCUACCAUCCAUGACGACUUUGUGACCACCUUCUUUGUGGGCUUCAGCAAUGACAGUCAGACAUGGGUGAUGUACACCAAUGGCUACGAGGAAAUGACCUUCCAUGGGAACGUGGACAAGGACACGCCGGUGCUGAGCGAGUUCCCGGAGUCCGUGGUGGCCCGCUUCAUCCGCAUCUACCCCCUCACCUGGAACGGCAGCCUGUGCAUGCGCCUGGAGGUGCUAGGCUGCCCUGUGAGCUCCAUCUACAGCUAUUACACACAGAAUGAGGUGGUGGCCACUGAUGACCUGGAUUUCCAGCACCACAGCUACAAGGAUAUGCGCCAGCUGAUGAAGCAGGUGAAUGAGGAGUGUCCUACUAUCACCCGCACAUACAGCCUGGGCAAGAGCUCUCGAGGGCUCAAGAUCUACGCCAUGGAGAUCUCCGACAACCCCGGAGAGCACGAGCUGGGGGAGCCCGAGUUCCGCUACACAGCGGGGAUCCAUGGCAACGAGGUGCUGGGCCGCGAGCUGCUGCUGCUGCUCAUGCAGUACCUGUGCCGUGAGUACAGAGACGGGAACCCGCGUGUGCGCAAUCUGGUGCAGGACACACGCAUCCACCUGGUGCCCUCACUGAACCCCGAUGGCUAUGAGGUGGCAGCACAGAUGGGCUCCGAGUUCGGGAACUGGGCACUGGGGCUGUGGACCGAGGAAGGCUUUGACAUCUUUGAGGACUUCCCGGAUCUCACCUCCGUGCUCUGGGGAGCUGAGGAGAGGAAAUGGGUCCCCUACCAUGUCCCCAACAACAACUUGCCCAUCCCUGAACGUUACUUAUCCCCAGAUGCCACGGUGUCCACAGAGGUCCGGGCCAUCAUUGCCUGGAUGGAGAAGAACCCCUUUGUACUGGGAGCAAACCUGAACGGUGGCGAGCGGCUUGUGUCCUACCCCUAUGACAUGGCCCACACGCCCAGCCAGGAGCAGCUGCUGGCGGCAGCCAUGGCGGCCGCCCGAGGGGAGGAUGACGAUGAGGUGUCCGAGGCACAGGAGACCCCGGACCAUGCCAUCUUCCGGUGGCUGGCCAUCUCCUUCGCCUCCGCCCACCUCACCAUGACUGAGCCCUACCGCGGAGGAUGCCAGGCGCAGGACUACACCAACGGCAUGGGCAUCAUCAAUGGCGCCAAAUGGAACCCCCGCUCGGGCACCAUCAACGACUUCAGCUACCUGCACACCAACUGCCUGGAGCUGUCUAUCUACCUGGGCUGCGACAAGUUCCCGCACGAGAGCGAGCUGCCUCGCGAGUGGGAGAACAACAAGGAAGCGCUGCUGACCUUCAUGGAGCAGGUGCACCGCGGCAUCAAGGGCGUGGUGACAGAUGAGCAAGGCAUCCCCAUUGCCAAUGCCACCAUCUCCGUGAGUGGCAUCAACCACGGUGUGAAGACAGCAAGUGGUGGAGACUACUGGCGCAUCCUGAACCCUGGUGAGUACCGCGUGACAGCCCACGCAGAAGGCUACACCCCCAGCGCCAAGACCUGUACCGUGGACUACGACAUCGGGGCCACCCAAUGCAACUUCAUCCUGGCCCGCUCCAACUGGAAGCGCAUCCGGGAGAUCAUGGCCAUGAACGGGAACCGGCCCAUCCUCCGUGUGGACCCCUCACGCCCCAUGACCCCCCAGCAGCGGCGCCUGCAGCAGCGGCGCCUUCAGCAGCGGCUGCGGCUGCGGGAACAGAUGCGGCUGCGGCGACUCAACGCCACCUCAGCCUCCACCACGAUCCCCACUCCCACUCUCGGCCCCACCCCUGCCCCCACCUCUGUCCCUGUCCUUACGCCCGGCCCCACACGAGGACCCCAGGACUACCUACCCCAUAUCACAGAGGGCUGGGAGGAGCUGGAGACCGAGACCUACACAGAGGUGGUGACAGAACUUGAGACCGACUAUGGGAUUGAGGUGGAGCCCGUGGAGGAAGUGGAGGAGGAGGAGGAGGGAGAAGGGGAAACCACCGGCCUUGACUUCCCCUUCACAACAGAGGAGACCUACACGGUGAACUUUGGGGACUUUUGAGAGCAGGGCUGGUGCGUUCCUGGUAUCCCCAAGCCUGCACUGUUACACACACACAGCAUCAGCGCCAGAGGCCCUGGGUGCCUCCCACAGGGCACAGAGGCGACAGGGCCUACAGGCCAGAGUGCAUGGAGGCCCCUGCUCUGCCUUAAGGAGGGACAGGAGAGGGAGGCCAAGGUCACACCAAUAAACCCAGCUCACAACACUGA